GGGCUCUUGCUAUGUUGCCUAUACUGGUCUUGAACUGCUGGCCUCAGGCAGUCUUCCUCCCUUGGCCACCCAAAGAGAUGGGAUUACAAGCAUGAGCCACUGUGCACAGCUGAGAUUUUUCAACUUAGUCUUUUUGUAUACCCAGUAUCUUAUAGAAUAUCCAUAAUAUAGAUUCAUAAAUAAACCAUUUCCUUCAAUGGUAUAAAUAAAUAAACCACUGCUAUAAAUGGUGGAAUUUUCUGAGUUAAGAGCAAUACAUAUGAUACAAAACUUGAUAUAUAGAGUUUCUUAGCCAAACUGGAGGGGCUGGCUUUAGGUGAUCCGUGGACUCCCUGAAAUUGGGGACACCAUUGGAAAUAUGUGUGAACUCAUGGGCAGUUUCCUAUGAUUUCCAGUCCUCAAAAUAUCUCUUGGACUCAAAGAUGCCUUAGGGCAGAGGACGCGUGUACCCCCAGUACAGAAUCUCGGACAGUGAAUGUCAGUAGACAUUCGGCAGAAAAGCUCUGCCAAAUUGAGUGCUCUGAUGUGACUUUUUCAUCAAGUCAAUGUUCCUGGGAUCUCUUGUACAUGAUAACCUCACUCUUGUAAGGUUUCAUCGUUUCUGCUUACCCUAGUUUUCUUUCCCAUCCUGAUCCCUCUCCCACCAGACUGGACUCUGAAACGGGCAUGUACAGAGAAGAGGAGACCCCAACACGCUUCAAGCUUUGAGUGGAGAGGACACAGCCUCUGCUGGGACAGGGAACAGAGGGAUGCGGAGACCCUGAAGAUGCUUUUGGACAGUGGUCUGAGGUUGGGACAGUGGCAGGAGAUACCAUUCACCCAGGAUCUCCAGGACAAGAGAUCAGCCUGGCAGUUACAUGUGUUUUUGUUCAAACUGGUUGCCAGGUUGGAAAGACCGAUGACAUCAGAGAUUCCGACCUUCCUGAUUGGAGGGACCGGACUCUGUCGGCGCCUGGGAGUUCAGUUGGACAACAGUAACUUCUCAGAGCUGUUCUCCACUCCUGACUUCUCCCAGCCUCGAGAACUGAUAACACACUCUUCUGGAUCCCAGCAGUGUCCAGAAGAAGACCAAGGACAGAACAGAGACUAGGUUCGGUGAGAUGGGACAGAUUUGGGGAAAGAUCAUGAUGAGCCAUCAACCGCAGCCCCAGGAAGAGCAGAGCCCCCAGCGGAGCACCUCAGGGUACCCCCUCCAGGAGGUGGUGGAUGAUGAAGUGUCGGGACCAUCAGCCCCUGGGGUAGAUCCCAGCCCCCCACGUAGGUCCCUUGGCUGGAAAAGGAAGAGGGAGUGUUUGGAUGAAUCUGACGAUGAGCCAGAGAAGGAGCUCGCCCCUGAGCCUGAGGAGACCUGGGUGGCGGAGACGCUGUGUGGCCUCAAGAUGAAGGCGAAGCGACGGCGAGUGUUGCUCGUGCUCCCUGAGUACUACGAGGCCUUCAACAGGCUGCUUGAGGAUCCUGUUAUUAAAAGAUUCCUGGCCUGGGACAAAGAUCUGAGGGUGUCGGACAAGUAUCUCCUGGCUAUGGUCAUAGCGUAUUUCAGCCGGGCCGGCCUCCCCUCCUGGCAAUACCAACACAUUCAUUUCUUCCUGGCUCUCUACCUGGCCAAUGACAUGGAGGAGGACGACAAGGACUCCAAACAAAACAUCUUCCACUUCCUGUAUGGGAAGACCCACUCUCACACACCCUUCCUCCGUAAGCAUUGGUUCCAGUUAUGCUGUUUCAUGAACCCGAGGGCCAGGAAGAACUGCUCUCAGAUAGCCUUGUUCCAGAAGCGUCGGUUCCAGUUCUUCUGUUCCAUGCGCUGCAGGGCUUGGGUUUCCCCGGAGGAGUUGGAGGAGAUCCAGGCUUAUGACCCAGAGCACUGGGUGUGGGCGCGAGAUCGCGCCCACCUUUCCUAG